GGCGGUAUUUUAUUUCUUUCAAUCCUCACGUGCUCUCGCCAAGUUCCUGUUGCGUAUCCAAAAUUUUGUGGUGCUUUUUUAAAUAUAAUUUAAAAAUGUCAGAGGACGACAGUGAGAAGUUUGCCUACGUGCGUUUUUGUAAGAGUCUAGAGUUUAAAAUCGUUGCCGAUAAGGACAUUGAACAUUUUGAUUUUAAUAACAUUGAUUUGAAAAAAAUUCAACGUGUGCGCGGAAGUGAUAAUAAAUUUCAUCGUGCCCAAAUUUUCUUCAUAUCAGAUUCUGUAGAUGAUGUGAAGGAGCAGAUUGAAAGCGGUGGCCGCUUAAAAUUUUUAACUUCAAAAAUAGACGAUACUCUGUCUCCGGACGAGGAAACGCCAUUCGAAAACAAAUUGAAAAGGAAGACUAGGAAUCAAAAGGAGAGCCCAAAAAAGCGUUUUAAACGCAGCGUUCAAAAAGAAAACUUAAACGAGAAAUUAAAAUUGUUUAAUAAAAUUUCUUUAAUUGGAAAAAAAACUCCGGAAAAAUUACAAGAAAAAGAUUGCACAUCUUCAGAAGAGGAUACGGAGGAAAUUAAUAAUAAACCUUUGCUAACAGUUAAAAAAAAUCUUUUUAAUGGCAAUAAUAAUGAAUCGAACAUAAAAAAAUUGAAACUCUCAGCUCCUAGUCUGUCGAGAGAUAAGAAAGUGGAUCACAGUGACAGUGAUGACGACACUGAGGAUGUGAUGGAUAAAACCGAGGACAAAAAUAUGAAUCUGCAGAUGAACGAGGAUCUAGAGCGUGCUGCAAAUUAUGAUUUACAAAUCAAUCCAAAUUUAGACAUGAAGAGGUAUAAAGUAUUUCGUUGUGAGAAAUCAAAAACAAGACGCAUUCAUUUGGGUGAAGGUAUAUCCCUUAGAGAAAGUGUCUUUGAUGACAUUAAGAAUCAAACAACUUGUUGCAAAUUUGUAAAAACCCUAGCCAUUGCACUUUGGUCAAGGGAAAAACUUGUCAACAGAUAUGUUCGGUCCAGUCGUCCUGGAAAAUUGGUUCAAAUCAAAGGGAGGUCUCCCCGAAAACAAUUAACACCUAAGAAGGAGAAAGUUCUCAGAAGCCCAGAAGAAUGCGACGACGAAAGAUAAAGCGAACAUUAUAAGCUAAAAACAAAUAUAUUUUAUUUAAAAAUUCA